AUGAAACGAUCCGCGCUGUGCUGUACUGAAACAAGACCAAAGCACACACUGGGAACUUGCCUGGAACAGCGAGCCGCGCCGGGUGCCAAAAUGAGCCUUUACCACCAAAGCUGGAGGUUCCUACAAUUAUUCUUUGCAACAAUUACAGCAGUUCUCACACAAGAUCUGAGCAGUAAAGAGCUGAUGGACAGUAAGAGCCCAGUGCCCAGUGCCUUCUUGCCGGUCAGCUACGAGGUGCGAGAUGCUGACUAUCUGUUCCUGAAGGAGGCUGGGCAGGACUUCAUGAGGAACUCCAGCAUGCAGAGCCACACGCAGCCCUUUGUUAUCUUAAGAGCCAGUCGCCAGCCAGCUGUCAACGCCAGCUACGGCACCAUGUCCACAGAGCAGCUUGUGCCUCUAGAUCUGGUCCAGUCUGUGCAGCUCUUCAACGCUCCAGAGGUUUUUACCUUUAACUGGAAAAUCCAGGCCUUCAUGCUGACGCCUCGGGUUUUCUCCUCUAAGCCCAAAGUGCGGGUGCUCUUCUAUGUUGCGGGGCGGGACUGGGGCAGGGCGGAAGGAAAUGUGGAUGAGCUACCGUGUGUGACGGUGUAUGCUUUCUGGCAGACCCAGGAGGUGAGGGGUUCCUGUGCCAUGGGAGGCGAGAGGGGGACUUGCAUGGCUGAGCUGGCUCCUGCACCUGGCUGGUUUGCUCCGGGGUUAGAGGGCACCAGCAGGGAACGGCAGGACCCAUCUGCUGGGAACCCCGUGGAGCUGUACUAUCAGGCGCAGCCCAAACUCAACGGGAAGUGUAAUUCCGCAGACGGGAGCCGUUGGGGCGGCUCCCAGCAGCGGGCCGAGUAUGUCCCCGUCACUCCCAUGCAGAGGAUUGGCAGCGUACGUCUUCUGCAGGUGCCCAAAGGAAUGGCAACACUCUCUCGGCUCAAGCUCGGCAAUGCCAUAGUCAUACGGACGUCCUCCAAACCGCUGAAGAAGACUGAUAUCGCCACCUUCUACAUCCUCAUGGCCAGCUCCGCUCAGCUGACUAACUUCACCCUCAGAGCGACAGUAAAGAAAGGCGUGACCUUUCGAACAGCGACACCCAGUAACUCUUUACUGUGGGACAUCACUCUGGAUAUGGGUGCAGAUGGAGCCAUCGCUGUGGUUUGUCAGAGGAAGGCUCCCAUACCUGGGAAAAGGCUCGACAGCAGUCUGCUGGAGGUGCUUCAGAUGGAUUUUGAGGUGGAGGAGCUCAGCAGCCCCCUCGACAGUCAGGUGAUCAUAUGGAAGCUGGAACUGCCAUCCGCAUCCAAAAACGUAGCCAAGACUGAAGGAGCCAUGAGGAUCUACACGACUCAGAGGGACUUUGUCGGCCUGGCCCCUCUUGUGAUGGACACAGACAUCCUGAACACAGCCGUUCUGACCGGAAAGAAGGUGGCGAUGCCUGUGAGGACAGUAGCUGUGGAAGAAGAUGGAGUAGUCACUGACGUGUCUGACUACACAGACUGCAGCUCCACUGAUGAAGAUGUGCUCAAGGUGUCGGACAGGUGCGAUUAUGUUUUUGUAAAUGGCAAAGAGACGAAGGGCAAGGUGAAGAUGAUGGUGAACUUCACGUACAGCUACCUGAGCGCUCAGCUCGAACUGAACGUGUGGAUGCCCCAACUGCCCCUCCAGAUCGAGGUGUCAGACGCAGAGCUGAGCCAGAUCAAAAGCUGGAGGGUCCCCAUACUAACAUCAAAAAGAGCCGGCUGGAGCAGUGAAGAAGACGACAGGAAGGGGAAGGGCUGCAUGCUGCAGUUUCAGCACGCCCUGGUUCGGGUGCUAGCUCACUUCGUGGCAGAGCAGGCGGAACCUCGGGAUCCUAAGGCCUAUUUCCUGGGAUCGGAUUGGCAGGUGGAUGUCACGAGGCUGGUUCGAUACUUUAUGAAGGUGGAGGAUCCUCGAGUGGCAAGGCUGCAGGCGGGAAGGGUGCUAUCAGGGAGAGACCUCGGAACCACCACCAUCCAGGUGUUUUCCCCGCUGUCUGAUGCCAUCUUGGCAAAGACAACUGUCAAAGUCGUGGAUGACAAAGUGACCAUCACAGACUUGGGGAUCCAACUGGUUACAGGCCUCUCCGUGACCUUACAGCUCAGUCCUGGAAGCAACAGGGCCAUCCUGGCGACCACAACCACACAGGAGGUCCUACAGAGCCCAAAACAGGAAGCUUUGGUCAGUGCCUGGGUGCAGUUCAGUGACGGCAGCCAGACGCCUCUUGACAUUUAUGACCCUGCUUACUACAGAGUGACCGUGUCAUCUCUGGAUGAGGGGGUGGUGUCAGUGCAGGGCACGCCUCCGGCAGUGGUGGCGGAGGGCGAAGGCGAGGGAGUCCUGGUCAGAGUAGAGAUGUCCAUCUGUGAGGCCUGCCAGAAGUCCAAACGCAAAAGUACUGUGGCUGUGGGCAACGGCAGCCUCAAGGUCAAGUUUCAGGUGAACAGCCGGCGGCCAAGCGGCAACACCAGCAGCACCGACAGCAGCAAGGACAACGGCAGUGAUUAUGGGAAUGAUGGCGAGGAGGUGGACAGCGGCAAGAAGCAGAGGAGGCCGUCCCAGGAUCCUCCACCACGCAGCUCAACCUCAGAUAGAGAGGAGAGUGCCAUGCAGAAGAUCACAACCACGAUCAAGUCUACAGAGCGAACCUUCAUGACCAGCGGCAGCCUCGGAGGAGUGGGUAAGAACAGCAGCUCAGGAAACCCCAGCAGCCCUACCAGCGUGGUGAAUAGCAGCCCCAGUGACAGCAGCAAAGCAUAUGGCUCAGACAACAUGAUAGUGGAGGACAUGAGCAGCGUUAGCUUCACUAGCACCGUGAAGGCCCCUGGGAACCUGGUAAACUACAACAACUUCCCCAACAAGGUGGGGGUACCUGGGCAGGAGACGGACGUAGAAAUUGGUGGUGAAGAAAUGCUGGCCAACAGGCCGCUCACAGACUUGGAGAUUGGCAUGUACGCCCUGUUGGGCGUCUUUUGCCUUGCGAUCCUGGUUUUUCUGGUGAAUUGUAUCUCAUAUGUCAUUAAGUUCAGGCACAAGAAGCCUCCCUCUCAUGGCCAGGAGCCCACUGGGCACAGGCACGACUGGGUAUGGCUCGGCACAGACGCCGAGCUGGUGAUGAGCGUGCCAGGCAGUCCUGUCCAGCAAGACUCCCAGACUACAACCACCGUCAUAGACAUUGGCCCUGAUAAGACUGCCUCUCUGUCCAGAAGGCCCAGUUGCCUGGCCUCAGUUACAGACUCUCCCCUCAGCUGCGUGGGCACCCUCAGGAGCAAGCCUAUGCACACCGAGUCCCUCCACUCACCCACCAGCAAGAGGAAGAGGGUCCAGUUCACCACCUUCUCCACUCUGGAGCGUCAACACUCGCCACAUAUCCCGCCCAGGGAGAACGGCCACGGCAUCCAUUGGGUUGGAAAAGAGGACAGUUGUGAGGAGGAACCCCAAGUGCCCAUUACAGAGCCCGGGGAACAGUUAUAA